CUUCUGCCAUGUUGCAAGAAAGCUGAGUUCACUGGGCCUCUGUCACUGCGUCUGAAUCUGGGAAGGAAGGAUCGGAAACCCUACGCCGUUUACUCACAACCAUAAUUCCUGCAAUCGGAAAAAAUGCCACGAGAGAUCAUCACCAUCCAGGUUGGGCAAUGCGGGAAUCAGAUUGGAAUGGAGUUCUGGAAGCAGCUAUGCGUUGAGCACGGCAUCGGCCCUGACGGACUGCUCGAGGAUUUUGCUACUCAGGGUGGUGACAGGAAGGAUGUUUUCUUCUAUCAAGCUGAUGAUCAGCACUAUAUCCCAAGGGCUCUCUUAAUGGACCUUGAACCAAGAGUUAUUAAUCAAAUACAAAAUGGUGAAUACAGAAAUCUCUACAAUCAUGAGAACAUAUUUCUCUCAGAUCAUGGGGGUGGUGCUGGAAAUAAUUGGGCCAGCGGCUAUCACCAGGGAGAGCAAGUAGUAGAUGAUAUAAUGGAUAUGGUUGAUAGAGAAGCUGAUGGUAGUGACAGUCUUGAGGGUUUUGUUCUUUGUCAUUCUAUUGCUGGAGGGACGGGUUCAGGCAUGGGCUCAUAUCUGUUGGAGACUUUGAAUGAUAGAUACAGCAAGAAACUUGUUCAGACUUACAGUGUAUUUCCCAACCAAAUGGAGACUAGUGACGUUGUAGUGCAACCAUACAAUUCACUUCUGACGCUAAAGCGGCUGACAUUGAAUGCUGAUUGUGUUGUUGUUCUUGACAAUACUGCGUUGAAUAGGAUUGCUGUUGAGCGUCUUCAUUUAGCCAAUCCAACAUUUAAAGAGACAAAUUCAUUGGUUUCCACGGUUAUGUCUGCUAGUACAACUACACUGCGUUAUCCGGGAUACAUGAAUAAUGAUUUGGUCGGCCUUCUUGCAUCUUUAAUUCCUACUCCAAGAUGUCAUUUUCUCAUGACAGGCUACACACCACUAACUGUUGAACGCCAGGUCAAUGUGAUACGUAAGACUACUGUGUUAGAUGUUAUGAGAAGACUUUUGCAAACAAAGAAUAUCAUGGUCUCUUCUUAUGCAAGAACCAAAGAAGCCAGUCAAGCAAAAUAUAUAUCAAUCUUAAACAUUAUUCAAGGAGAAGUGGAUCCUACGCAGGUGCACGAGAGCUUGCAAAGAAUACGUGAAAGAAAGCUAGUUAAUUUCAUAGAAUGGGGACCUGCAAGCAUUCAGGUUGCUUUGUCCAGAAAAUCUCCAUAUGUUCAAACUACUCAUAGGGUUAGUGGUUUAAUGCUUGCAAACCAUACUAGCAUACGGCACCUAUUCAGCAGGUGUCUGGGCCAGUAUGAAAAACUAAGGAAGAAACAAGCCUUCUUGGACAACUAUCGGAAGUUCCCAAUGUUUGCAGACAAUGACCUUUCUGAAUUUGAUGAAUCUCGAGAAAUAAUAGAGAGCUUAGUUGAUGAAUACAAGGCAUGCGAGUCUCCAGAUUACAUCAAGUGGGGUAUGGAGAAUUCGGAUAGGGCUUUAACCAGCGAAGGAAGUCUUGCCGGAUCGUUGGAUUCGAAGUUAACUCUAUGACCAAGUAAGAUUUGCAGAUUAUUUUUUGUUAUUUUAACUGUUAUUAAUUAGUCUGUCUAACAUGGAUUUACUCAUGUUAAUUAAAGAGGAUUCUUUCUUAUAGCGAAUAUCUUGAGACUAAUUUGCUCUAAAUGUUGUUGCCCAUAUUGCUGGCAUUGGUGUGAAGCAUGUACCCAUCCCACCAUCAUGUGCAUAAAAUGAUUACAGUUUGUGCUCGUUUUGAUCC